AUGGGAGGGAGCCGGAGGACCAGACCGGGAACAGGGCCACGGGAGCGGAGAGAGGACAGGGGAGGCAAGGGGAGGACACAGAGGGAGCAAGCGCAGGGAGGGAAGCAGACGAGAGGAGAGGGAGGGGCCAGGGGGCGAAGAGGGGGGAGGAGGGGCGGGCGGCGGCCGCGGCCACAAGGGGAGAGACGGCCAGGGGAGAAGGAGCCCGGGGCGAGCCCCCCAGGCGAAAGGGGCAGGCCACAAGCCGAAGGACAGGACAAGGACGGGGGGAGGCACAGAGAAAAAGGCGCACACCGAGGGCGACGAGAAAGGCCGGGACCAGGGGCAGAAACACCGGGCGUGAAGAGGAUGAGGAGGCAGGCGGCCGGGACGAGCGGGGGGGAAACAGGCGCAGGGGAAGGGGGAAGAAGCCGGGAGGGCGAGAACGGAAAGGCGGAAGCACAAGGAACAAGGAGGCGCAGGGAAAGCAAAGCAAGCAACGAAACAAGGGGCAGGAGCAGGGACGGGGAAGGAAAGAGGAAAGAGAGGACGGACGGGGGCCAGGGAAGAGGGAAGCGCGAAAGGGAAGAAGCAAGAAGGAAGGCGGCACCGCGCGGAGCCGGAGACCGGAGGCACCGCCGGAGGAGACGGAGACGAGAAAACGGAGAGAGGGGAAACGGGAAGAGCCCGAGGGGGCCGGGGAGGGAGAGGGGGAGGAGAAACCCGCGGCAAGAGGAAGGGGGAACCGCCGGGAGGAAGAGAAAGCCCGGGAGGAGGGGGACCGCCGGGAGGAAGAGAAGCCCGGAGGAGGGAAACGGGGAAACCAGAACCGGAGCCAGGAGACAGCGGGGAACCCGGAGAAACGGAAAGGGGAACAGAAGGAGAGGGAGGGAAGGGCACCCAGGAAGGCCGCCGGGACACAGCACGAAGCAGCAACGGGAGGACCGGAGGGAAGGACAACCGGGAGGAGAGAAAGCAGGGGAGGAAAGAAGGAGGGCGAACAGGCGCCCACGGAGGCAGAGGAGCAGGACACCGGAAGGAGAGGAAGCAACGGGAGGAAGAAAGGAGGCGAACAAGCGCCCACGGGAGGCAGAGAGGCGGGACGGGACAAGGGCAAGCCGGAAGGGGAGCGCACGGAAGAGGAAAAGGGAAAAGGCACCACCGGAGCGAACGGGAGGAACCGAAGCAGGGCGGGGACAGGCCGGACAGAGCGGCCCGCGCCCGGCCAGGGAGCACAGGGAAGAAGAAGGCGAACCAGAAGAAGAAGGGAAAAGCCGAAAGGACCGGAGGCCGGAGGGCGGAAACAAGACCAGGGGAGCACGGCGGAAGGAGGCAGAAAGAAGGGAGCAACAGCAACCAGAACAAAAGCAAAACCGGAAGAGAGAGCGAAGAGGAGCAGCAACCGGAGGGGCGAGCAAACAGAAAGCCAGACAGGGAGGGCAGAGGGAACCGGGAGACAAGGACGGACCAGGAGGCCCAGCCGGCCAACAGGGCCAAGGAAGGGCAGGGGCGCCAAGCCCGGAGGCAACGGAGCCGGGAGCAGAAGAGCGGGGCCAAGAGGCACGAGGGAGACGCGGGGAGGGGGGACCGGCGCCGGAACAGACAGAAAGGGCAAAGCCAGGGGCGGGGCACCACGAGGAGAGCGGGCGGGCGGGGAGAAGAACAGAGCGGCGGAGGAGCAGAAGGAAGCCGCAAGGGGGGCGAGAGGGCGACAAGGCCCAAACCAGAAAGGAAAGGACGCAGCCAGGAGGAGGGAAGGGGAGCCGCAAAGCAGGCGACAAAGGCGGCCGGGAGAGGGGAAGGAGCAAGGACAGGCGCCGGCACACGCAGCCAAGAGAGGGCGCCAGGAGCAAGGGGAAAAAGAGAGGCGAAGGGGGAGGGCGGGGAGCCAAACAGCCGGCAGAGGCGGAAGCCGAAGAACCGAGAACCGCCAGGGGAGGCGGGCCGGGGAGAGGGGAGCAGGGGGGCCGGAGGGCCGGGGAAGGAGCACAGGACCCGCGGGGCAGGGGCCAGGGGAGAGCGGGCGAAAACGGGGGAAGGGGAGGCGGCGAGGAGGAACCGAAAAGCCCAGGGAGCGAGCACAGAAGAGGGCGGAGGCCAAGCACAGAGGAAGGCGCACCCAGAGCCGGCAGGGCAAAGGGCGGAGAAAGAGAGGCCGGAACAGCACGCAACAGCCCGGGAGGAGGAGCAGCAAGAAGAAGGGCGGCAACAGGGAAGACGAGGAGGACAAACGGGCGGCCAGGAAACCGGGAGGGAGAGACACCGAGCAACAGGGAGCGCGACAAAACCAAAGGACAAGGGCAAGGACCAGGGGCGAGAAGCAGGGGGAAGCCAGAGAGCGACAGCGGCAAGCGACAGACCAGAGGGGCCGGGCCGGGGGCCAGGAAGCCGGGCGGCGAAGCCAGGGAGACGGCCGCGGGGAAGGGACCAGGCAGAAAGGCAAGGGGAACAACCAGGGGGGGAGCGCAAGAACAGAAGGAGCCACCAAAACCAAAAGAAGGCGCAAGGAGAAGGAGGAGCCGGGAGGGCGGGGGAAAGGAGACGGGAGAAGGAGCAAGGCGCAAGGCACGGGCAGGCGCAAGGGCAGAAACAAGAGAGGCAGCAGGAAGGGCGGAGCGGGCGAGCGAGGAGAGCGCCGGAAGGCCACGGCCGGCGGAGAGGGCACGGGAGCAGCAGCGGGAGGGGCAACCGCAGCGGCAGGGACAAGAGCGGCCGCAGGGGGAAGGGGAGCAGCGAGGGGCGGGGGGGCCAAAGGAGGGCCAGAAGGCGACACGGCACGGCAGCAAGAGGAACAACAACAGGAAAAAGGAGCACGGGAGGAAGCGGGAACCAGCAAGGACGCCGGAAGCGCAACAGGACGAGCGCCCACACGCCCACGGACGGCGCCAGGGGAAAGGAAGCGAGCAGCACCAGACGCAACAAGCCGCGGACGGAGGAGGAGGACAAGAAACAGGGACCCGGGAGACCGGGCGGGAGAGCCAAGGAAAGAACCACGAAGGGGCGGGAGGCCAAGGGAGGGCAGGCAGGGGGAGGAGAGAGCAGCACGCCAGCGGGACAGCCCGAAAGGGAAGAGGCCGCAAACGAGGGGCCGGCGGGGCCACGGGCAGAAGGGGGGGAAAAAACAACCGGACGAGGAACCGAGGGAGGAAAGAGGCGGGGGGCGGGAAGGCAGAGAGCCACAAGGAAACCAGGCAAGGGACAGGGAGGGACCGGACGCCGAACCAGGGCCCGGAGAGGACGAGGGCACCGGGCGGCACACCAGGGGAGGGGGGGCCGAGCAGGGGGAGGAGGCCACAAAGCCCGGAGAGGCGAGGAAGGGCGGGAAAGGGGCCGGAAGGGGCCAACGGGGGAGGUGCCCAGAAGACGCAGCACCGGGAGAGGAGCGAGGGGCGGGACCGGGCGAGGGAACGGACGCGCAACGGCAAAGAGGAAGGGCGCGGGGACAGCCACAGACGGAGAGCGGGCACGCCAGGAAAGAGAUGGGAACAGGACCCAGAAGGAGCCAGCAAGAAAGGAGAAAGGAGGGAGCACCGCGCCAAGACGGAGCAGCAAAAGAGACCACAGAGAGCGGGAGGGAGGAAAGCAAGGAAGCAGGAGCGGCGGGGCGGAGGGACGGAGACAGGGCGGACGGCGGGACCGGGAGGCAAGCGACACAGGCCAGCAGCAGGCAGGAAAAGCCAAGGGAGACAAAAGGCCAACGGGAAGAAGGGCGCAAGAGGCGGGAGGGGAGAGAGGACAAACCGGGGAGGCCACAAGGCAGCGGAAGAGGCGGGGGGCGCGCACGCCGGGGAACACAAACAGCACAGGAAAAAGGAAUGA